AGCCAUCGUGGCGCCUCUUGGCCCAAGCCGUGUUUUUGGCAGGAGCUCGUCCUGCACUCGGGCGGUCGUUGUACAGCAGACCCGCCCGCCGCGGAGGCCUUCGCCCCCCCGUCCAGGGGAUGGCCGCCGCGCCCUCGCCCCUCGCCGAGCACCGCGGGCGGCCUGACCAGGCCGCGCUGGACGCCGGGGAGGGCAAGGCCGCGGUCCCGGCCGUGGAGAACGACGGCACGAGCUCGGAGGUCUCGACCGAGCUUGGCAACGACGCCCCGCGGCCCCCCGAGUACCCGCCCGACGGCAGCGGCUGUCCCGAGGAGUGGGCGCAGCGCGACUGCCUCAUCAUAUUCGACUGGGACGACACCUUGCUCCCCACGAGCUGGCUGGGUGAGCAGGGCCUCCUCGGGGAGGAGGAGGAGGAGGCCGUGAUCAGCCCAGAGGUCGACGCGCAGCUGCAGGCUCUGGCCGACCUGGUCGCCGUGACGCUCGAGGCGGCCAAGAGGCGAGGUUCCGUGGCCAUCGUGACCAACGCCGGGCACGGGUGGGUGGAGAUCAGCUGCCGCGCGUUCUUGCCCUCGCUUGAGGCCCACCUGGCGGGCGUCAGGGUCGUGUCCGCGCGCGGAUGCCACGAGACACACGGGGUGUUCGCGCCCGCGAGGUGGAAGUACCUCGCGUUCAAGGAGCUGGUGGGCGAAUUCUGUAGCGCCUCUGGCGACACAGAGGAACUGCCGAGACGAAGAAGCAUCGUCUCGCUGGGCGACUCGGAGCACGAGAUGGAGGCCUUGAAGUGGGUCACCGCCGGCAUAGAGUGCCACGCCAAGUGCCUGAAGUUCGUGCAGAAGCCGUGCCUCGAGGACCUCAUGGAGGAGCACGAGCUCGUCGCCUGCCUGGUCGACUCCGUCCUCGACCACGACGGUGACCUCGACCACGAGAUCGGCCCGGAAGACAGCUGAAAGAGAAGGCAUGCCGAGCCGAGACGGGGCGGUGGCGGACGAGGAGGAGGAGGUCCAAAAAGGAAGCAGAGCCCCUGCAACAAGAGCGUGCGCGGGCUCCCUGCGCUUUCGGUGCUUGAGCACUCUUUGUAGUGAUCGCGCGCGGCGGCUGGCUGAGGCGCUGCCGUCUUCCAUCGCUUUGCGCCCGAGGGCCCCUGUUGGGCGCAUCCAGGACGCCACCGGCCCCCUCGGGCGCACUUGGCGGCAGCCGUCGAGGAGCUUCCCUCCCCCCCCCCCCCCGGCCCAGCUCCUACAGCCCCCGCAUGCUGCGCCUGGCGCCCUCCGGCGGCACGUCGCCGCGCCUCCCCUGUCGCAUCCCCCUCUCCGCGGCCCAGGCCCCCGCGAGGUCGCAUCCGCACGGCGCGGCAGUGCCGAGCCUGGGGUCCAAGGGAGCGCUCGCGACGUCGCAUCCGCAGGACGCGGCAGUGUCGAGCGAGGGGUCGCGAGUCGGCGCCCCCCCGGUUGCCCUGCUCCGACUGCGUGCGCCGCUCCUUGGCCCAGGAUGGGCCUGGCCAUGGGGUGGUAGAUCUGCAUAGAUUUCGUUGCCCUACACCGUACGUUGGAUGCACAGAUCUCGUCGCCCUACAGCCCGCCAGGGGGCCUCUCGGCUCGCAGGCGCGCUGGGGGCUUCAGUAUGCGACCCGGUGCCCAGUCCUUUUCGGUCCCGCGCCUCGCCAGCGCGCCUUGCUUUGUCGGUGGCCAUGCUGCGAGUGAGUGCGCGAGCACCUAUGGCCUUCUUUUCCUCGUGGGUCGAUUGUACCACUAUGAGUAUAGGCCUCCCGUGUGAGGCCGGAAAUGACGACAGGUACCUGGGGUGGGCUCGUCACGCAGCACCCAUCUAGGCGAUGAUGAGCAACUGCAGUUCUGGGCCCGCUCGUCGUCGUCGUUGU